AUGUCGAACUCAAAUCCGCGCUCUUUGCGAGCAGAGGCUUCCUCCUCAUCCGCCGCAAGCUCCAAAUCACCGGGCAGCCAAGGUCUCUCUAUCGAUGGCAACCUCAUCAGCCUUGACACUGCUGCUGCCAGUGCUCUUUCAGACUACAUCCGCACAUCCAUCAAUGAGCCCAUCAGCAGACCUUCCUCCGCUGCCAGUAUGCGCAUCCGCGUCGACAAGCUUUCCAGCGAAGCGAUCAGCGGUCGCGCCCUCUACACUCAUGUCCCAACCGGUUUCGAACAAGAUCCAUUGCUGCAUCCUUACAACUCGGAUGAUCAACAGACAGGUGCUAGUCGCUCAUCCUCCAAAUCCCAACGCAAACGUGGCUACAGCAAUGCCAACAGCAAGCCGUGUCACUCUGCGCAUGAUAGCGUCGCAGCCACCUUUGCCCGCAGAGGUGGCGCUCCUCCCUAUUCCAGGCCCACACUCUACUCAACAGGGCGUCUCUUUGUCACACAGGCCACAGCCAACGUCCUCUCCUCUUUCUUCCUUUUCCUUGUUGUCUUGUGGGCCCUCUCCGUCCGCCUGCUAGCCGCAAUCCCCAAGUUCUUCGCACCCACCAUCAAAGAGCAAAAGGAAUGGGACGAUCCAAAGCGCUGGAGCAAAGAGAAGCUCGUCAAAGACGUUCGAUACUAUGCAGCCAGCUGUGGCUUCGAGAUCAUCAACGAAACAGUACAGACACAAGACGGAUAUUACCUCAGAAUCAACCGUAUCAUUGACCCACAAACCACUCACAAAAAGCACUCGGACGGUCGCCGUGGCUUCCCUGUCCUCAUCAUGCACGGUCUCUUCCAGUCCAGUGGCUCCUUUGUCACUUCCGAAGAACGCUCGCUUCCCUUCUGGCUCGCUCGUCACGGCGGCUACCAAGUCUUCCUAGGCAACAACCGCGGUGUAUUUGACAUGGGUCAUCGCACCUACAAGCGCAGCGAUCCACGUUUCUGGGACUACAACAUUCGCGAACUCGCCAUCUAUGAUCUUCCCGCUAUGAUCGACUACAUUUGCAAAGAGACCGGCUACGACCGCAUCGCUUACAUUGGUCACUCACAGGGCAACGGAACCAUGUUCAUCUCGCUCUCCAAAGGAAUGCUUCCCGAGCUAGGCAAUAAGUUGACCUAUUUCGGCGCACUUGCUCCUGCUGUCUAUGCAGGUCCUCUCACCUCCUGCUUCCCCUUCACAACACUCGGCCAGCUUGAGUGGCCUAAGUGGAAACGAUUCUUCGGAGUACUCGACUUCAUUCCGCUCAUGAAGAUCUCUUACGACUGCACCCCCGCUUAUCCUUACGCUCUCCUCGGAUACCAGAUGUUCGCCUUCCUCUUUGCAUGGACCGAUGCAAACUGGCUCCUCCGACGAAAAGCUAAAAUGUUCCGAUUCACUCCGCAGCCCGUCUCUUCAGCAUCUAUCUACUGGUGGGCUGGUAAAGACGGUUUCGCUUCCCGAGGUUGCGUCUUGGACCCCAGCUUGGAUCAGUGGUGGGAUGAAAACUUCCCCCCUCUCUCCAUCUUUUCGGGCGGAAUGGACUUUUUGGUGCUGGCAGAUCCAUUGAUCGAGAGGAUCCAACAGAGGGAGAAGCAUGUGAAGCUCUUAAGAUUCAAGAGGCAAGAUGAGGCGGAGCAUUGUGAUCAUUUUUGGGCGGCGGAUGCGGUGGAAUGGUGCUUUGAGGAUAUUUUGGAGGAUAUCGAGAGGACUAGGACUAGGUAUCCGGAGGAAUUGGACGAGGAGCGCAACCAGAACCAGAAUCGAGGUGCCGAGGCCAACGGACAGGAGUUGAUGGAUCUUUAG